GGGACUGGAACAAUAUGUGACUCGAGGACAGGAGCUGCCAGCUACCAUGGAUGGGGACAAGGUCUGUGCAAUGCCAGGUGCCCAAGCAAUGGUCUUCAGGUCCCGAAUCUGGGAUGUCAAUCAAAAAUCCCUUUACCUACAGAAUGAUGAGCUGGUGGCAGGAUACCUACAAGGUCCCAAUUCUGCUCUGGAAGAGAAGAUUUACUGGAUUCCUAACCGUAACUUUAAUCGUGAGAAGUUCCCGAUCAUCCUGAGUAUUAAGGAUGGGAGUCAGUGCCUGGCCUGCUCCUUCGGGGCCCAACCUGUGCUCCAGCUUGAGAGCAUCCGCAUCUCAGACCUGUACAAUGACAGCAAGGAGGACUCUACCCGCUUUACCUUCUUCCGGUCUUACAAGAAUGGGAUGUGGCGCUUUGAGUCUGCUUCCCACCCAGGCUGGUUCCUUUGCACCUCCUCCAGAUCCAACGAGCCCCUCGGCCUCACGCAGAACCCAGGAUCGGCUCAUGUCAUUGACUUCUACUUUCAGUUACUCUGAGCCUGAGGGCCGACAGAGAAAGAGCUCACGUGCAUGGGCACCCAGGGCUCCUCACUCAGUAUUUCUGUUGUUCCCAUGAUCUUCCCCCUGAAAGUCUGAUUUCUUGCCUGGGUCAGCUCUAGAGGUGGCUGAGAAUGGGGGAACACCCAGAAAUCCCUCAUAGCCACAGAGGUAUAUUUUCUGGGCAGAUCACAAGACCCCUCCUGUAUUCAACAUUUGGUUCUCAAGAGUGUCCAGGCGGCAGCUACAGGAAACUAACAACCAAGUAGGGAUGUCAGCCUCCAGGUGGGACUUGGGGGAACCCCUGGAAUUACAGGUCAUAUUCAGGCCC